UACAAAUGGUAUUCAGUUGUCAAGCAAGUCGUUGUAAAUUUUGUAAUUUUAAUAAUUAUGGAUAUUAAAGCACUCAGUGUAUUAGGAAUUAUCGGUUUUGAUGGUGUAACUAAGCAUGGACUGCAACUUCAUCCCAAUGGAAAAUAUUUAAUUUAUUCAAUGGGAAAUAAAGUUACCAUAAAAAAUAUUGAAACAGGAGAACAGAUUUUCUUAUCAGGGCACACUGAUGUCAUUACCACACUUUGUAUUUCUCCCUGUGGUAAAUACAUUGCUUCUGGACAAAUUACUCACUUAGGAUUCAAAGCUAUGGUGAUUAUAUGGAAUUAUGAAGAAAAAAAUAUGAGAGGAAGUUAUGAAAUUCAUAAAGGCAAAGUCGAAGACAUUUGUUUCACAUGUAAAAGUAAUUAUCUGAUCAGUUUAGGCGGAAGAGAUGAUGGAAAAAUAAUUGUUUGGGAUAUUGAUAAAAAUAUGGCAAUUUGCGGAACAUUUGCUAGUACAGAUAUUGCUGGUAAUGCUCUGACACUUGCCCGAGUAAACGUUCGUGAUCAAUGUUUUCUAACAGGUGGAGAUGGUACUUUAAGGAUUUGGCGGAUAGAUUCGCAUGCACGUAAAGUUUACGGAUCAAAUAUUAAAGUUGGAAAAGUACGUCGGUGUAUUAAUUGUAUUGCUAUUAAUGAUAAAGAUCAGGAAGCUUAUUGGGGCACUUCUUCAGGAGACAUUAUAAUGACGCGGCUGAAUUACGACAGCGAUAUAAAUAAUUUAGAGCCUUCGACAUCACCGGUGAUGGUUGGAUGUUACUCAAAAAUACCUGAAGAUCCGAAAAAAUUGAAAACUGGAGUCGGAAAUUUGUACCCCGGUGGAGUAACACAAUUACUUUUGUUGCAGAAUAAAAAAAUAAUUGUAGGUACUGGUGAUGGUACAAUUGAAUUAAUUGAAAUCGUACCGGUUCCUGCUGGUGCAGCAGCUAAGCAAUUAGUUAAAUUACCAAGUACUCCACAAAUACGUACUUUAAAAAAAACGCGAGUACGCGGUACAGUGACGUCAGUUACUUGCUAUGAAAAAAAUUCAUUUCUCGUUGGUACAUCGUGCUGCGAAAUUUAUGAAAUAAAUUCAAUUAAUUUAAAAAGUAAUAUAAUUUUAACAUGCCACACUGACUCUGUUUAUGAUGUUGCAUUUCCUCACAAUUACUCGGAAAUUUUUGCUACCGGAAGUAAAAAUGACAUACGACUAUGGCACUUGCAGUCACAAAAAGAAUUACUAAGAAUUACUGUACCGAAUUUUGUAUGUACUAGUCUCUGUUUUUUCUAUGACGGCAAACUUAUUUUAUCAGCUUGGAAUGAUGGAAUCGUAAGAGCAUUUAAGCCACAAAGUGGUAGUUUAUUUUUUUCAAUUGAAAACGCACAUAUUAAAGCUGUUUCCGCUAUUGGUGUAACUAAAGAUGGAAAAACUUUAAUUACUGGUGGUUGUGACGGACAGGUACGAAUAUGGCAAUUACUUAAAAACGCUCAACGUCUAAAAGCAAUUUUAAAAGAACACAGAGGACCUAUUACUUCACUACACGUGUCUUAUAACGAUGAGGAAGUAGUAAGUUCAAGUACUGACGGGACUUGUGUCAUCUGGGACAUCAUAGAUUGUUCAAGAAAACAAGUAAUUAUGGGUAAUACCAUGUUCAUGUCCACGAAAUUCCAUCCAAAUGGACUACAAGUUUUGACUUGUGGUACGGAUCGCAAAGUCGGCUACUGGGAAACACUAGACGGUUCAAUAGUCCGUGAAGUCGAAGGAUCAACAAUUGGUUCAAUAAAUUGCUUGGAUAUCAGUCCAGAUGGUUCACAUUUUGUAACAGGUGGAAAUGAUUGCUUGGUUAAAUUCUGGGAGUACAUUUCCGGUGACAUUACUCACAUAGGAGUAGGUCAUGCUGCUGUUUUAACCGCAUGUAGAUUCAGUUCUAACAGCCUGUACAUCGUGACAACGAGUGCUGACGGUGCUGUUAUCAUUUGGAAGAAUCCUGUUAAUAAUUCUGACGAUUGUAAAAGUGUUAAAAGUGAUUCUAAAAAAUCAAACAGUAGCCAUGAAGGUUCUAGUUGCCGGCAAACUUAUUUACAGGAAGAAAAUGUUGGCAAUAUGAGCCGCAGAUCGGUUUCUUCCGUCGAUAGUGUUAGGACAGUUCAUGAAAGUAAAAAAGACAAUGGGUCGUGUCAAUAUGAUCCAAUUCAACCAUCCAAAGACAACUGCCAGUGUAAAGAUGAAGCUUCCGGUGAAGCUAUUGGCAGUCCGAGUAAAUCGGAAAAGUCAAAAAUUAUUUCCAAUAAAAAAACUGACGACUCAUCAAAAAAUUCUGUUAAAUCUCAAGGUUGUUGUCAUGGUAAAGAUAGUAGAGAAAAAUUAUCAACACGAACAGACAGCGUAAGAAGUAUUCUAGAAGAUGGAGAAUCAAAAGCUCUGGAAAUAAAUCAACGAAAUUCUUUGAAUAAAAAUAAAAAUGUAGUCUUGGUAUCAUCUACUAGAAAGUGAAGAAAAAUGGUUUUAAUAUUACCGCCUUAUUAUUUUAUUUAAAUAACUUAAGAAUUAAAUAUCAUUAAUUAUUAAUUAAAUUCAACCCCAUGCUUGAC